AUGGUCUGGGAACGUGUGAUUCCGGAAAUCGCUGCCAAUAACCCUUUUCUCAUGCACCUGCUUUUGGCACUGGCAGGUCUGGAUAUCUUGACAACUCGAAAACCGGACCAGCGAACAGCAAUGACCUCAGAUGCAAUCAAACUGCAAAGUUUGGUUGAGCAUCACCAAAAAGGCCUACAGGGUCUUCAAGAGAAAUUGACUUCUAUUGAAGAGACUAGUGCGGAAGUCUUGUUUGCUGGAUCAAUGUUGAUCGUCGGCUUUGCAUUCGGCUCGCUGCGGAUCGAGAAUUUGGAUCUCUCUACCCAGACAUCACAAGUCUCCAGGGAAAAUAUCUCCCCGGAUUCGCCUCAUCGCUUUGAGGGGCCCCGUAUAGAGUGGCUGCGACUAGUUCGAGGCGUCAGCUCCAUUGCGCGGCACUCUUGGAAGACGCUGAAAUUAGGGCGAUUGAGACCACUCUUAAUGUUUAACAAUGCCAACGAGGACUGGAAGCUACUCGGUCCAGAUCAUGUUCUAUCAGCUGUGUCACCACGCUAUAUACGAUCAGAAAAUCUCUCUGCAUUUUCGCUCGGGGCACCUCAAGCAAUUUCAAGUCUUAGAGGAUUUUUGGGUACCCUGAAAGCAACAUUGCUUGAAGUCGGUGGUGGUCUUGGCACAUCCCAAAUUUCUGGCUCCAGCCCCGAAUCUGAUGAAAUUCAACAGCUAGGCGAUGUCUUUGAGGCACAGAACCAAGCAAUUGAUGUUGCUGAACAGAUGUAUAUGCGAGUCAUAUAUGUGCUCGAGCUUCAACGUAUCGAAGCGAGUUCAUCUGACCGUGACGUUCAAGGCGAGAUAGAGGAUGCGGCUAUUACAUCUUGGCCGCACCUUGUUCCGGAAAUUUUCAUCUCGUCACUUGACUCGAAUAACGGUCCGGAAAUACUCACUGGCUUGUCUUUCACCAUUCUUGCCCAUCUAUAUUUACUACUCACGCUUCUGGGUGACCUCUGGUAUCUUGGGAAGAAUUUUGGUGUUGAGAUCACGAAGAUUAAUGCUUUGGUAGCGGGGCUCGGCGAUUCUAAUCUGUCAAAGUUGAUGGAAUGGCCCGUGGAUGUUGCGGGCUUCAGCUCGAACGCUUCAAAAUAUAAUUCAUAA